UUAAUUUUCAUUUUGCGACAUUAUUUAUUAAAACAAAUAAGUUGAAAAAUGAUCAAACAGUAAUAAAAUUUACAUUGUAUGGCAAAAAGAAAAUUAAAAAUCGGGCUUAAUGACGAUCUGGGAAAAUUUUAAAAUAAUACUAAAAGUUAAAAAAACACGUCAAAAUCAAUCAAAAUUAUUGUAAUCUGCAGGGGAUUGUGAACCCUAAAUUGUCAUUUUGAACAACUAAACUGGGUCAUCUAUCCUGAUUUUAUCCCUUACCAAUUAAACAUUUUUUCAUUACAGUGGUUUUUUAAAACAAGUUAAUUUACAGAAUGGAAAAAAAAUUAAAUGACAUUUUUGGUUUCUUGAUCUUUCUUCAGUUCUUUGUUUCUGUAAUAAAUUUAUGUACCAGCGGAUUUUAUUUAACAAAAGUGAAUGCAAGUGGUGCAUAUUUUUGGUUUUCGGUUAUGAUAUUGGGUUGUUUUAUCUUUCAAAUAUUUACACACUGUUAUUUUGGGGAGGAAAUGACAAGGAAGAGUUUGUCUAUUGCUGAUGAAAUAUACCAAAUGGACUGGAACACAUUAAGUAUACAAACAAAGCAAAAAUUGAUAAUAAUAAUGAUGAGAACCAGCCGUCCGAUUCAGCUAACUGGCUCUUCAGUUGUUGUCUUAUCAAUAGAAACAUUUUUUAAGGUUUUAAAAGCAUCUUAUUCAUCCUAUAACUUGUUGAGGAAUUCUAAUUGAAAGAUGCCAUUGUUAAUAUAAACUUUUGUAAGACAAUUUUAUAAUUAGCUAUAAAGAGUCAUA